GUCACACUGUACCUUCUAUGCUAGUAUGUAGAAAAAGCUUAUUUAAAAGAUAUUUUGGCUUCAUCCACAAGGGACGUCGCGGUCACAGUAGCUGAAUCAUGGUUUCCCAACGUCCUGUGUAAAGCUGUAUGUAUCUAUGUUACCGAUCUAGCCAAUAAGCGAGCAAGCACACGUGCCCUACUGUUGCAUGGUGGGGAAGACUGGAAUGGACUCCAGGAGAGGAGCUGCCAGGAGCUUCACACUGACUGACUGUUGACCCUUGCUGACUCAGUGGAACCUUUCAUGCGCACGCAUAAGCUUACAGGUCCCCUCUGCUGUCCCACUUCUCUCAGGUAUACAGUCAUAGUCAAUUAUUACUCAUAUUGUCAACAGAGGUUGAGCAGACCUCUGCACCAGAAGUAAAGUUUAAUCAGUGAAGUUCCAGCAGAACAAAAAGAGAGAGCUCAGUGUGUGCAGUAAAGGAGUUCCCUGUCCAGGUGUUGAGCAGCGAUCCCUUAGUGAGCAAGGUGUGAUUGAAGCAUGGCACGUGUCCUGUCUCUCUCUUGGCCUCUGUCUCUUUGUCGCUCCCUGGGUUUAGGGGGAGUGUCAGUGCGGAGCAUGUCGCUAGACGAGCGGGUGCGGGAGGUGUUUGCGGCUGCAGUGGGAGCAGUGCAGCCUGACAGCGUGGUGCGUAGAAGCCUGGAACGGAGAGGAGAUCGCCUCCAUGUGGCUGGACACAGCUUUGACCUCAGACACAACCUUCACCUAGUGGGCUUUGGCAAGGCUGUUCUUGGUAUGGCAGCUGAGACGGAAAGGAUUGUGGGAGACCACUUAGUGAAAGGUGUUGUCAGCGUGCCACAUGGUAUCCAGGAGAUAUUGCGACAUCAUGGAAAAGGACAAAUGCUACUUGGAGCAGACACUCGUAUUGAGGUGUUUGAAGGUGCCAAGCACAACUUGCCUGAUGCCAAUGCCCAGAAAGCAGCUAAACGCAUCCAUGAGCUGGCCAGUGCUCUCACCGAAUCUGACCUGCUGCUUGUGCUAAUUUCAGGUGGUGGUUCGGCACUCCUGCCAGCUCCAGUGCCACCCAUCUCACUGGACGAGAAACAGGAUGUGACACGAAAAUUAGCAGCUGCUGGUGCCACCAUCCAGGAGCUGAACACGGUGCGCCGUGCCCUCUCCUUGCUAAAAGGAGGCGGUCUGGCCCACUUUGCCCACCCUGCCCAGGUGGUGGCUCUGAUCCUGUCAGAUGUGAUAGGAGACCCUUUGGACUUGAUCGCCAGCGGCCCCACAGUGCACACUGAGAUGCAGCCGGAGGAGGUGUGGGCCAUCCUGGAGUGCCAUGGGCUCUCUGCCUCGCUGCCUGCAUCCGUCAGGGAGGUGCUGGGGAAAGCAGGACCACAGUAUACACAGGAGAAGAAGAAAUACGAGGGCGUGGGGCGUGUGCUGAACACUGUGAUCGGCUCAAACAGCAUAGCUCUGGAGAGUGCAGCCCGGCUUGCACAGGAGAUGGGUCUUCGUCCAGUUGUGCUGUCCCCUGGGGUGUGUGGGGAUGUGCGCUCUGUCGCCCAUCUCUACAGUCUGCUGGCCCGCUUUGCCUGUGCGCCAGGUGCCUCCUCACCUGACCUGAGCACCUUUAUCCUGCAGCUGGGCCCGGAAGUGGGCGUGGAGAGCUGGGAUCUGUGCCGUGUGAUGCAGACGCUGAGUGAGGGCCGUGGGGAAGGCUGGGAUGCCACCUGCCUGCUGGCAGGAGGAGAGCCCACGGUGCAGCUGACAGGGACGGGGAAGGGUGGGCGGAACCAAGAGCUGGCACUGCGACUAGGGAUGGAGCUGGGCAGGGAGAGCCUCUUGCAGGACGUAGUGUUCUUGAGCGGAGGGACAGAUGGGCAGGACGGGCCCACGGAGGCAGCCGGAGCUGUGAUUGAUGGGAGGCUGCGUCAGGAGGCACUGGGGCAGGGGCUUGACCCUAAACCUUUCCUCAACAACAACGACUCUUUUACCUUCUUCUCACAGCUCUCUGCUGGCCGGCACCUGCUUCUGCCUGGGCUCACUGGUACCAAUGUGAUGGACGUGCACCUGCUACUAUUACCCACACCUGCAACCACCCCCACCCCGUGACGGCAUCUCCCAGCCCUGGCCCAAGUGGGCCCACUGGGAUCACAUACAGUUCUACUGGAACAGGAUUGUGAGGAUGGACAGACAAUAGCACUACGAACUAAGAAGACAAAGGGAGGGGCACCAUGCAGUGACUACAUCAGGCGUAGCCCAGAUAAACACUAAAACUGUGGGACCAAGACGGAGAGAGGCCGCUGUAAGCAUCACAUUUGUCAGAAAUGCUAUCUGAAGUAGUCUGCCUGUUUUACCUGUAUUGUAUUUUGUAGUAUUCAUUUUCAGUUCUACUGCUCUCAGGACACAUGGAAAAUACACUGGAUGUGGUAUUGCUAAAAUAAAGGAUAUUAUGUA